UUUAGCAUAUUGAUGAAUGGUCCAAGUCGUCAGUGAAUGUCAGUGCAUGUAGUUGUCGAACAAAUGAAGUUGUUGUAUAUUCUGUUAUGUUACUGUGGCUUUUUGUUUUUUGUACUGCUAGAUGGAGUCGAAAGUAAAGUUUACACUAGAUGUGGACUUGCUCAAGAGUUACUCAGUUUGGGGUUCAGCAGUUCUUGGGUGGGAAAUUGGGUCUGUCUGGUGGAAAGUGAAAGUGGCCGAAAUACCGAGAAGCAGGUCGCGAAAGCAAAUGGAGGAACGGCAUUAGGACUGUUUCAGAUCAACAGUAAGCAAUGGUGCACUUUCGGGAAAACUGGUGGUAAAUGCAAUAUGAAAUGUGAAGAUCUGCUCAACGAGAAUAUUCGUGAUGAUUCAGCGUGUGCUCAAAAAAUUCAGUCGGAGCAGGGCUUCAAAGCUUGGGAUGGCUGGAGAAGAAGCUGCUAUGGCCGAACAUAUCCAUCUACAAUCAUAACUACGUGCAUAUAAAAAUACUGUCAAUUCGAUCAGCAAAUCAAUGAUUCAUUCCAUUUUUGAUGCCUCCAUCACCUUUGUUUCUCAUCCUAAUGAACAUAGAACAUGUUGAUUAAUAAUUCGUCUCCUGUCAACCAUAAGGGAUAAGAAAUUUGUUAUCACGUUUCGUCGAGAGAGAAGUUUUUCUCACAAGAGCGAUAGAGUUGACGAUCAUAUUUUUUUCAUACCUUUCAAUGACUAUAGUCAUACCUACUCUAUUGAGAUGAAGUUCAAAAUUUCUCAAAAUUCAUCGAAAUAACGUUUCGAAUUCCUAAAAUCAUUCAGUAUGUGAAACUAUUUGGGAUUAUCUCUUAUUGUCUUCAUCAACUUUCAUUUUAGUUUUUAUGAAAAUGAAAUUUUCAGAUGCAGUGACAUUCUGGGCCGAAUCAUCUGAUCUGCUUUUACAACACAUUGUUUGAAGUAAGAUCACUAUUACAUCCCUAUUUUCAUUUGUAGAAACGCACAUGGAGAGGAGAUUUACGAACUCAGAGAUUUUUCUUUUUUUUUGUUUUAUUUGUUCAAUUAUUCACUAAUAGUAUUUCACCUCGAAUUAAAUACAAAUAGUGUGUCAUGAAAUUAUCUGCAUUCGAUUCUACAUUUGAUUGACGAAGGAUAUCAAUAAAGCAAUGGCCGAGAGGGAAAUGACUCGUUCUUGUUUGUUUGUUUCAUUGUUGUACUGAUGCAAAAUACAUCCCUAUCAUGUAAUGUAAUAUCAUUAUUGUGACAAAAUACACGUAGCAUCAAUG